GGAGGCCGAUUUGGCAUAAACAAAAUCUCUUGUUCUUGUCUCUCUUGCUCGCUCCUCUCCUUCUCCUGGUGUCGCCAUCCUCUUUCUUCCCUUCUUCCCUUCUUCGUUUUGGCCGAUUAUCUUCUCCUUUCUCCCAAUUUCUGCAAUCAUGGCGGAGAAGGGUCAGCCACUACCGAAGUUUGGUGAAUGGGAUGUUAAUAACCCUGCUUCUGCAGAGGGCUUCACUGUGAUCUUUAAUAAGGCAAGAUGUGAGAAGAAAUCCGGUGGCCAAAUCGGAUCACCUGGAAAGGCACUAAGGCCUGCAGCAGCAGGCUCUGGCAAACCUCAGGCUAUGUUUUUGGACUUUGGAAUGAUGCUCAAGCACUGUUUUUUGCUUCUUUUGGUUUAAUCAACAAUCAGUGAGAAAUGGUUCUGCUGCAUUCAGAGCCCACCUACAGAAUCUUGAUGGUACUACCUGUCUGUAGAUAACCACCGAAACGGCCUAAGAUCGUCCACUGGUCUUCGAAGAAGAUGAGAUUUUCAAAGCUGUGAUCAUCAGCCUGCUAUACUAUUUGCUUCAUAAUCUGGGUCAUGGAGGAAAAAGGUAGAACAAUUUUACCUUCUUUGUUUGUGAUACUGAUAUGAUAAAUUGUCACUAGAAGCUGAGCUAUUCCAUCUCAUUUGUCUCUACCUCCUUUUUGCCCCUUUUUGCCCCUUAUAUCUUAUUCUUUCUGA